GCAUUCAAAAUGACAAUGACGAAGGCACACAUGCUGUGCAUCUUGUGGAUGAUUAUUUUCUUCAGCUCGAGUAGCACAGUUCGCGGAGCGCAACGAGACACAGUGCCGAAGCAGCAGCAAACCACAUCAACAAAAGAUAGCAGCACACCAGGACAGCUCGUGCCCGUCAGCAGUAGCGGCGGUUACAGAAAUAGCACCAGCACCAGCGCUGUCAGCAGUAGUACCAGCAUAAGCAUAAGCACCCCCAGCAGUAGCAGCAGCAGUAGCAUCGCAAGUGGUUCCACACCGGGAAGCGGCCGGUUCCUGCCGGCAGAGACGACGGCACCACCGACGGAGCAGGCCCGCGUUGGGCCGUACUUCGAUGUGGCCGCCUCCAAGAACGUCACGGCGCUGCUGGGCAAAACCGCCUAUCUGAACUGCCGGGUUAAGAAUCUGGGCAACAAAACGAUGUUGCUGCAGGUGUCCUGGGUGCGCCAUCGGGACAUCCAUCUUCUGACGGUGGGCCGCUACACGUACACCUCCGAUCAGCGCUUCCGGGCGAUACAUCAUCCGCACACGGAGGACUGGAGCCUGCAGAUCAAAUAUCCGCAGCAUCGCGACUCCGGCAUCUACGAGUGCCAGAUCUCGACAACGCCCCACAUGAGCCACUUUGUGCAUCUGAACGUAAUUGAACCUUCGACAGAAAUCAUUGGCGCGCCAGAUCUGUACAUCGAGAGCGGCUCAACGAUAAAUUUGACAUGCGUUGUAAAGGACUCGCCAGAGCCACCCGCGUACAUCUUCUGGAACCAUAAUAACGCGAUUAUCAGCUACGAUUCACCUCGCGGCGGCGUCUCGGUCAUCACCGAGAAAGGUGACACGACGACAUCGUUUCUGCUCAUCCAGAACGCACGGCCAUCGGAUUCCGGACAGUACACGUGCAAUCCGUCCAAUGCCAAAAGUAAAAGUGUCACCGUGCACGUCCUAAACGGUGUUUCCCAUUCCGUUUCCAGGGGAGUACCCAGCAGCAAUGCAGCGCGCGGGACAACCGCAUCAUCGCACGCCGCACAACCAUCAGCUCUUGGUGCUGGCGUCGGCGCUUGUGUCGUCCUUGCUCUGCUCCAUCGGUAUGCUGCGUCUGCCGGUCACUUCCGGUGGCCGGGUUGGCCGGACACCGCGGCCGGUCUCGUCGUAGCCUGCUUCUUGCUUCGCCGCGCCGUGUUAAGCGUCGCCUCGUUCGCACGCACCGCGCACACCCGGUUGUCCUGCGAGCUUACGCUCCGCUUCCCGGCCUCGCCACACACGAGGCACUCCUUGCUCCUCCCAGUGCACCGAACGUGCCCCUUGCCGUCGUCGUCGUCGUCGUCGUCGUCGUGCAGCAGUCGAUCCCGUCAGCACGCCUGCUCGCACUACCUCUGGAAGCUUCCACUGGACUGGCACCACCACAAUCACCGCUGGCGAACGGCCAGCAGGACCCCGAGGCAGACGGCAGCGCAUAGCGAGCAGCAUGUACUAUGCUCCGGGCAGGGACCGUGUGAGGUCACGCAACGACUGAGGCCAACGCAGCAAGGACGACCGCGUGCCGUUCGAUGAGACUCAGUUCGCUUUUCUACUCACGCACAUCGUGGCGACGGCCGCAGUUUACGUUUUCUAUAUCUCUCCGUGUCCUUCCAGUCCAUCCUUCGCGAGGAUCAUCUCGGAAAUCUUUAGGGAAAGUGUCUCACACUCGCUGGAUCGAUCGUGGGUCGAAACGAACCGACUGAUCGGGUGUCAAGUAAUUCAACACAUCAUUCGCUCAGAUCAACACUACACAGGCAAACUCACAAAAAAACACACCCACAUGCAGACAAGCGUAACAUAAGAUCAUACAAACCGUAGGAAAAGAAACGUUUCCAUUGCAAAAUAACUCUACGGCCAAGGAUAUCCCCCGAAAACCAUACGAGAAAGAAGCGGCCAGCCAUUUAAGAUGCAUGCCAUCAUUUUAAUGAAACGCAAGCACACUCAUCCCCGAAAAAGAAAACCCACUUGUUCACGUUUUACCAAGCGUGUGCUGGUUAGUUGUAAAUUUAUUCUAGCAAACAAACAACAGGCAACCCCCAAACAAACAAGCAAAACAAAAAAAAAACAAAAUCAAACGCACUAACAUAAACCAUCUGGUAGAAAUAUAUGAGCAACCACUAAAUAAAUUAGGUCGUGCAGCUGGAACGUGAUGGCCGCCAUCGGGAGAAGAAAAAUGCCGAUUACAAGAUACUCCGCAAAAAAAAAAAUCCGUGACGAAGGAGAACUGCGAGACCUAAACGACCGUUCGGCAGUACUAA